AUAAGAUAUAUUAUUGAGGUCACCUUAAUUCUAGAUUUCAAGUUCCAACCUUAUGUAAACUUUUUCCAAAAGAAAAAGUUGAGAUCCAUUUGAUUAUGGCGGCGGGUUACGUUCUUGGGCAGCGGUCAUGGUUGUUAGGGUCUUUCUUUCUCUAGUUUGGGUGAGAAAAACGAUGGCAAGUUGUAUAUCACUGUUGUCUCUCUUCUUCAUGAUGGUAUUGUUUGUCCUUGAAGAAAGGGUUUGUAUCCCUUCUUGCGAGGUUUUCUCCAUGAAUCCUGAGGAUUUGAGGGUAAUGAUGGUUUCAGACUUGCUAUUAAGGGGCUCAGAAGCUGGAUUCAUGGAUGUAUACUUCAGGGACUUUUACAUGGCCAAAUUCUUCAGGAAAUCCUUUGAGAAGCUUAAGCCUGACAUGCUAGUGGUCUUGGGAGAUGUUUCUGCAAAAGGAUCAGAGCUUCCAAAUAAUAAAUGGCUAUCUGUUCUUCAACAACUCCAAAGGGUUUUGGGCCCCUUGUUUGAGCUUCCUCUGCAUAUUGUUGUUGGAGAGAGAGAUAUUGGAGAUUGUAGCAACUUGGAUUCAGAUCAUGUCAGUCAAGUUUGCAGUAGCUUGCCAGGACUAAACUCUUGUGGCUGUGGUGCCUUCUCUGUGAGCAAUAUCAGCUUUCUCUCUCUUAAUUCCAUUCCAAUGCUUUGUAAUAAAAACAAUUUACGCUUUGGUGUGGAGAAAUUCAUUGAGAAGGAAAGUCUAGAACUAAGGGUUGGUGAAAAGAGCAUAAAUGAAGAAGCCAGUGAGUCCAAAGAGUGGAGGAAAAGACUCCAUGAGAGAGAAAUUGCUGUUAAAUAUGGUUCUGGUCCUGUUCUUUUACUCCACUUUCCAUUACAUAGAAGAACUGGUAGCACCUGCAAAUGUAUUGAAACUCCUGAGAGGAAUUAUUGGGAUAAAUUUCCUCAUGAUAAUCCAAGUGCAUCAGAAAAUUUUGAAAUCUUCGGUUCUGGGGCCCAUAAAGUUCUUUGUACUAUUCCUCCCAACGCUAGUGAAUAUAUCUUGCAGGCCCUUGGACCAAGGUACGCAAUUUUAUUAUUAUGGUAAACUGCUUUACUUGAUAAGGCAGAUAACCUACCAUUUUGAGUCUAUUUGCUUCAUAUAAAUCUGCUGUUUUCUGCUGUGAGUAGUUAUUCCUGAACUUUGAAAUUUUGAUGGAACAAAAACAGGAUUUUUUAAUCAAUCUACAUUAUGGGUGUACCAUGUUUAUUUGUACCUUAAGUUGGCUUUUUGACAAGUCUUUAUUCAUCGUACAACUAUAAGUGUUUUUAUAAGCCAAAAGAUUAUCUGAUUCCUCGAGUAGAGACCCUAUCUAAGAGUAUUUUUAAGACCCCAAAUUUAAGGGAUGUAACUUUCUCAACCUAGCAACUCAUGUCAAAUAUACACACAUAUAUACACACGUGCAGAGUGUGCACAUUGUAUAUGUUCCUUUAAAGAAUAACUUCCCAAGAUUGAAUGAGGCUGUCCAAUUUUUGGACGGUCAGAUCUAAGUAGUUGGAAAUUCAGAAUACAAUUUUUCUUUAUAAAAAAUACUUAUCUGAUGAUUCUAAAGUGGAUCCCAAAAUUUUAGAUCCAGAAAAUACUCAUAAAUAGCUAUUUUUACCUGAUGCAGUAAGUAUGCUCCCAAAGAAUCAUGCUAUACAUGCUUUUCUCAUAAUGUUCUGAUACUAAUCUUUGACUGGUUUUAACUGCACCUUGGGGUGGUGUUAGCAACUUCGCAUUAGAUACACUCAUUCUUUUUUUAUUUUCUUUUGUCCUUUUUCUAACACCUAUUUCAAUUGUAUAUCAUCAAUAAACCAUGGCUUUAGGCAGUUGCUUCUUGAUGACGUCACAUGCAUAUGUGUGCACACAUACAGGCACGCAUGCACACGUGCACACACUCAUAUUCAUAUA